UUGAAAAUUCACAUAGUAAUUAAUUAAGUGUACACUUGAGUAUGAUUCGUGUGUGAAAAAGGUUCGGAAGAAUGUUCGAAACUGGUCGCAGAUCGGCAAUUAGCAGCUCCGAGCUCGGACUUUACUCUGACAGAUCAGAAUAUUACAGUAACAAUAAGUACGGACCAGUUGUUAAGAAAGUUGUCAUUGGAAUUAUGGCUGUCGUUGCAGUAAUACUGGCGGCUAUUUUCAUUUAUGACUUCGCUUCCGGCGCAGUGGCCAGCAGCAAAGUCAGCCAGGAAACGAAGCAUGCAUACAUACUUCAAAAUCCAUUAAAAAAACCAAAUUACUUAAAGAAGACAACAACCGCGGAGCCAGAAGUUGAUAGACUGGUGUCGGAUAUACAGGAGAGAUCUGAUUACGACGGGAAUAUUUCUUUCGUCGACACGAAACCGUUGAACACGGGAAGAAGCGGGGACUUGGAGCUACCGGAAAUGAGAACUCAAAAUUUAGAAAAUUUCAAAAUGAGACAGAGAAUGAGAAACAGUGAAGACGAUGACGUUGAGGAAAAGAUCGAAAGUAAAGAGAUUGUUAACAACCACGCGGUUGUUUAUCGCGUAAGACAGAUGUACCAUCCAGAGCCAGCCAGUCAAGUCGAGGAAUCUAAGCCGACGCCCUUUCACUUUGAAUUGAAAACACCGCAACCUUCGUCAUUUAAGCGGUUGAAAUUCCCUCAGCUUACGCAGUAUCGGUAUCCGUAUCCUUCGAGAAAUAUUCAAGAGAUAAUUAAAUAUAUAACUAAUGACCCGGCGACUUCUAAGCAUGGGAUCAAAUUCAGCGGCGUAUAUAUGAAUCCUAAUAAAUAUGACUAUCAUCAGAUGGGAAGUCUGGUGGCCAAUAGCGACCGGUCAGAAUUGCACGCCGAUUCGGAAGAAUUCGAAGAAACCGAAGACGAAACUUCACAUCUGGCUAUAGGUCAUGACCCUUUUUACCCCUACAAACCUAAUUAUCCUGCUGAUGUAAAUCUUCUUGCUCCUGCUAAUGUCAGGUUCUCACCAUCGGGUGUCCACCGCUACAAUCCUUAUCUGGAAUCUUACCGGCCUAUGAUGCAAAAUAGACCCGCUGCUGCAGAGUCAAACGACAAUGGAGUUUACUCUGGUAGCUAUGGAAAAAGACGGAAACCAAAACCGUUCAGUGUCAUGCUGGACAUUUAUCCGAUCACGGAUCUCAAUGAUCAGCCGAACAAAAAAACUUCAAGACCUAGACCUGCUAUGUCCGGCGAAGAAUAUUCAGAGUCUAGGAGACCGAUAACUUUUGGCCGCGCUAAUAGAUAUUAUGCUAAUAAUCCCGUCACACCGAUUCCGCUGAUUGCCAUGCCUGCGAGCCAGCCUGGAAUGUCUGAAGAAGACGAAAAGAAACAAAUGAUUUUUCAUCUUAAUUUGUAUCCAAGAAAAAAAUCUAAACUCAACAGAAAUGAUGUGCUGGAAAGAUCCGAGGCUAUGACUACCGAAGACAAGCAAAUCUUUGCGCAGAAGGUCAUGUCACCCUUUGAUACCAUCACCAAACAUCUUACGGACCAGUCGGCGAUCGAAGAAUUCAAAUAUGAAGCAGACGUGCCAAAACAUUCUCCGUUGAUUAGCCAGCAGGAAAGUUUCGUGGAAAUGCCAAAUGAGAAACCGGCAGUAGACAAAAUUGGAAACUUUUUGAACCACAGAACAGAAGAACUGAAAAAUAAUACGGGGUCAAAACCGUUCACUGAAAGUCAAAAUCUAGCUGACGGUCUGGUAGCGAUAGAUUAAUUAUCAAAUAAUCUUAAGAAAAAUCUAAACAUGAAGAAUCAGACCUUGGCCAAUCAAAAGUGAAAGCUCACGAUUUAUGUUUCUAUAAUUGUAAUCAUAAAUGCGGUUAACCAUUUCACUUUAUAGAUGUUCGAGUUAAUUCGUUAAUCAGCUCUCUAUAUUCUGAUGUUUGAACGCAAAACACC